CCGUUUAAACCCAUCGGGGGUGCAAUGAUACGAUACUAGCUACUUGUGGCAUCACAAUUAAACCAGAGUGGGUUUAACUUCCACAAAGUGUAGAAUCCUCAUCUGAAAGUAUGCUGUGUCGUUUUCUUCUGUUCUGGAUCUUACUGCGUUGUGCAGAUUGCUUUAGCGUCACGGUCCCCUCCAGUCCUGUUCUCGGGGUGCGUGGAGCCACAGCACAUCUUCCCUGUGCAUAUGAACCAGUCUCUGGCCUCUCUGAUUUGGUGAUCACAUGGCAACGGGAGGAAAACGCACAGGUGGUGCACAGCUUCUACUACGGGAGAGACCAGCUCGGUAGACAAAACCUUGAUUAUCAAAACCGGACAAAGUUAAAUCACCAGGACAUUCCUCAAGGAAACGCAUCCCUGAGUAUAGCCAGGUUUGGACUGAAGGAUGCAGGGAAGUAUGUGUGCGUAGUGAGCAACUCCAAGGGAACUGACAGAGGAGUGGUGCAUUUGGUCUACGCAGCUUUCUAUUCCGAGCCGAAGUUAAGCAUCCUUCUCAAUUCCACCGAUGUGACUGUCCAGUAUGAGAUGGAGGCUUACCCGAGGCCAGAGGUCAUGUGGCAGGGGUCAGGAGGUCAGAACCUCACUGGCGAUGUGGAGGUUACAUCUGAACCUGACGGAGGAGUGUUCUACUUAAAAAGCAGCUACAAAACCCAGAGUCCAGUGUUAAAUGUCACAUUUACUCUUGAAAACCCUGCUGUGCAUCAGAAGCUACAGAGGCAUGUUAACAUCAGCAAUGAUGGGAACUGGAGCUCCAGAACCCCAGUUGUGGUUCUGUCUACAUUGUGUUUUUUCCUCCUGUGCACGACAGGUCUGCUCUUAUGGUUAUACUGUCAUAACGUGCACAGAUGACCUCAUAUCCAUACAGGAAGGAUUGUUGAAAAGUAACUACUACUGCUCUUCCUAUAGUGCCUCCAACAUAAGUUUUUAUCCUUGUAUUUAAAUGAAUACUGCUGCUCUACUAGACUUUAUGCAAUACAGAUUUGGGAUGGAAACACAAGAAAAAAUGUUGAAGUGAUUUUUUUUUUUUGUAGCCAUUACGUUGUUUGUUUCACUUUGCUGUCCUAAAUUCCUCAAAUUCACUAUAGUGACUGUAUCUUGAGUUGUUUAGUGAACCCCCCCCCCCCACACACACACAAAAAGGUCAAUUUCAGGCCAUUUAGAGCAUUCCUAAAAAUAAGAGGGAGGAUGCUAUACUAUAAUGAAAUUAGAAUGAUUUACAUAAAUCAUAUUUUCAUGGCU